ACUUCCCCACUUCUGCCCCCACUAUGUACUUUUUUACAUCCCUGCUUACGUUUGGCUGGCAUAGCCUAAUUUCCGCAUUCCCAAAUCCUCCCAGAUUGGGAUCACGUUUAAAACCGGGCUGAUGCAACGAUUUCCACUUUUUAAAAUCUACUCUCGACCAUCGGCUGACCAGAAGAGAGGACAUUUGUUGCACCUGGGAUCAAAGUCAGCUGUGGUCCCGACCGAGUCUGACGCGAUGCCAGGACAGAUCCCAGAUCCCUCUGUGACAGCAGGCUCCCUGCCCAGCCUGGGCCCCCUGGCUGGGAUUUCAGCCACCACACUGACUGACAGGCUCAAAUUUGGUGACUUCCAGGAGUACGGUACAAUGCUGUCCCCUCUGCACUUCCUGGACAGUCUGGGGAAGAGGCCCAUGGUUAUCAAAACAGAGAGAGAUGAAGAGGUUGACAGGAGGAAACGAAGGCGGGAGAAGAACAAAGUGGCUGCAGCACGAUGUCGAAACAAAAAGAAGGAGAGAACGGAUUAUCUACAACAGGAAUCGGACCGACUAGAGAUGUUAAACUCUGACCUUAAAGCCCAGAUUGAGGAGCUGAAGCUGGAGCGACAGCAGCUGAUCCUCAUGCUCAACCGGCACCGCCCCACGUGCAUCGUCAGGACAGACAGUGUCAAAUCCCCGGAGAGCGAGGCCAACCCUCUGCUGCAGCAGCUGGAGGACAAGUGAAGAUGUGACAACUUUGUACAGUUUACAGUUGACGAGAAGCAGCCAACUAGCAGCACUUAGAUUUUGGAGAUCCAGCCAUGGCCUCCCACCCUGUCUCACAGAGCAGUACACCACGAAAUGAACACUUUGUUGGCAGUUAAAUCAAACUUCAUUUUGUUUUUCUCUCUUGCUUUCCCAUUUAUUUCUUGUUGUGGUCAUCUGAGUUCCAGCCACUAUCAGUAUGAAGUUAAACAAAAUGAAAUUACCCAACAUAUUACCUUAUCUUUUUGAUGGAUUUGUACUAUAUCUCUUCUUUGCUUCAGCCAUCACUUCACUUGUAGAGCAACUCUAAUUUUAGCAAUUCAUCUGGUGGUUUAUAAAUUAACUACUUUUAUUUGCUAUUUAACAGCCUUAUGUUUAGAUGCAAGAUCCAACUGCUUUUUUCACAGCAUUUCAAUUACCUGUCCAUGUGAGUCAGUAAUACAAUGCUUAAGUCAUUAGGUGACACAUGGUUACCUUUUUUUUGUAAUGAGGAGUUGCACAACAGUUUGAUCUAUAGGCCCCAAAGCUUUGCUUUAGUUACAAUGCAUUCUGGGAAUCAUAGGACCUUACGUGAAAUGCAACUAAGAGGGCAACAAGGUAGGCUUAAACUAAGUUGUUGUUUGCCCCCUCAGUUAAAAAAAAUAAGUCUUAAUUUUUCUAAAGCAUGUAAUCACACCCAAACACAUUCAGAAGCCUUUUUUCUGCAUAAUAACUUUCACAAUUCAUGACAACUUCUGUACUUUCAUACAUUUGGUGGCAUGGCGGAUGAUCCUUUUCUUUUUUCCUAUGUCCUGGCGCAGGCGUCAUGUAUGCAUAUAUUAUAUAUAUGGACUGUUUACAUUGUACUUUAUUGUAUGUUACCAUAUUGUUACAACCAAUUUUAUACUUUUGUAUAUGAUGUUAUAAGCAUAUAAGCUAUUACAAAAUACAAUUUUGCAUUUUCCAUACAAAAUAAAUGUUUAGUUUGUUUA